CCCAGUAUGAAAGCUGCAGCUCUCCGACCCGGGGUACCACUUGCAUGCACUGCACGAAAACGCGGCACUGGGCACAAUCCACGAGUCACCAUCUUGCAGGGAAAGCUUACGCACAACUUGGACCCGUUAUGAAAGAUCUGCUCGUCACGUAACUCGGCAUCUCUUUGCUUCAGCUUAAAAUGGCAGCGAAAACGAACGUUUGAAUCUUCAUCAACAUUUGGAUUUUCCGUCAACAUCUGGAAUCACCGUCAACAACUGACAUCCCCAUCAGCUUCUAAAAUUCCUGUAUAUACAUAUAUAUAAUGUGCAUGUAUUUUUGCCAUAUCAAAUGUAUUUUUCAUCAUUUGCGGAUAUUCUUCGCAGACUGGAGCAGUUGGAAUUAUGUCUGUCGGGAGUCUUCAACAAGGCUGUACGCGACUGCUGGAUUCCAGUGUGUCCCACGAGGGUUGUAUGACUAAUGCCAGCGCCACGCACAGGGGGACGGACCGGAUUCUUGUUGGCCUGGCACCUGUUUAGUAACUGGAUGAACGCUUUUUUUGCCGGCGUCCUUGUGGUGAAGCCUGUGUUUUACGUCUGAUGAGAAUUACAGUCCAAGCCCGAGGGUUUGAGCGAACCAAGGAGGAAAGCCAAGCGUUGAGUAAGCGGCUUGAGCGCCGUUCGCAAGAGCCUCAGCCGAUCCUGGCACAAAACAGAAGCAGAAAGUCUUAAGUAAAUCCACCUAUCUCCUGUGCGUCCUCUUUACUGACACGGUUUCGAACUUGUCAUUAACGCGUCAACAACUGCUGGAACGUCGGUUUUUCUGAAUUUCAGAAUAUUCUGUCUCGCGACUUUGAACGUAGUGUGUAUCGGAUCAUUAAGAAUGAGUAGCAGCGUCCUCCGCUGUAAAAUGCGGCAAUAAAGGGUCCUUCUUGUGGUUGCUGGAGCACCAAAUCUCUCACGAGGAGUGAAAAACGUGCGACGAGGUUGGCCUGGUUCCUUUUGUGGAGAGGAACCUUCACAAGAAGCCAAUUUUCAGUUCUGUGACGACACCACACGGUGCUGUCACACUGAGCAAAACAGUGUUAGGCUUUUGGCUGUGGCCUGCGCGUUUGCCUCACCUGAAACGCCUUGUGUCCUUGGAAAUUGAUACCGACACCCUGUAGCAGGAUGCGUACUUCAGAUUCGAUCACCGACAAAGACCGGUUUACCAAGGCUUUCACAGCAUCUAUAUUAUCCACGGAUUCAUCGUGCGGAACCUGCAGAAUGGACAAACUCAAAGCGGCACUCUGGUCUCAUAAACAGGGCUAAGGUGAUUCGUCUAGAGUCACAAAGCCACCGUUGUUUGUAUUUGAUUGAUGGUAGACGCAAGAUGAUACUUUGGUUCGAACUCAGUCUCGAAGCAGGCUUUGACGUGUAGGCUGAAUCUUGGAGGCCGACCCUCCAUUAAGCAAUAGCUUGAUCGUUCUAAAUCCUAAGCUAUUACUUAUUGGUUAGUUGGAGGACAUGCUGCUCCUUUUGGUGUCAGGACUAUUCGUAGUUCUAUCAACCUCCUUGGUACAUGCGUCUUUCAGCGAUCCUACGUGCAUCGAUGUGCCUAAUGAGUCGGACAUGAGCUCGCAACUCAAGAUCACCCGCCGUAUUGCCGCGAAUCGCUCGAAGCCGUUGCUUAUAGAAGAAUUCUGUUUGAGUGGGAAUUUGUGGAAUGUGACCCUUUCCGAGUUCGACGUGAUGUUCAAAGAUGCACGAGUCAAGCAGGAGCCGUUCACCCGCUAACUAUAUAUGGAAAACAGGCUUUCCCUUCCUGUGCCUCGCCUUAUUGAAUCGUGCCACCUCUACCCAGAACACAAAGCGUUCUCGCCUUGGUCACUGACAACCCUGCUGAACUCACUUGACACAGAAAAAAUACGUAAACUCUCCGCCCUGUUUCAGCGAGCAUUCCAUCACUGCUGCGGUUCCUGGUGAGUCCUGUUGUCAAACAGUUGGUUCUCUCUCGUCUUUCAGUUGUUUCGUAUCUUUCAACCGAGUCCACACGCAUCUUGCGUCUAUCGAGCUCACUAUACGUUGCCUCGCGAGGUUCGCUCAUUUCUUCUGCGGAUAAAAUCACUCUGCACGAUCCAAACAUAGCCUCUGGUCGAGUUGACCUGUCGUGACUUUCACCGUUAUCGGGACACGCGUGCAGCAAUGUUGGCCGGCAUCCCAGGUGCGAACAGCACGUGGAUAGGAGCGCGUGAAUUAGGCCCUUUGCUGUCAGAGCGGGUUUGGGAAAUGAAGGAGUUGAGAGCGCGUAGAGAAGAUUACCAGAGUCAUCCGUGACCUGCACAUACCAGCCUGCCAUAGAAGGGAUCGGCAUCGAAAAACCGAGCUUCGAGCACGGCUGUACGCGACUCACUAUGAGCUCAGAAGAAGAAGCCAUUUCUAAGUGUAUCCGUCUGCGUCACCUUGCGGUCAACGACGGUUCCCUGACAGGCAAGCCACCACUGGUGUUCACAAGUUUCGAUUUAUCUCCAGCUUUCGUCAGUUGCCUGUGCAGUGUCUUCCAAAGUCAUAUAUAUAUAUAUAUAUAUACCCUUUAUCUCGAAACUUAGCUUCACACCGUUGACACGCAUACGAUCCUUCGCUCGUUGACGGUAUACAUCAACACCAGAUCCCGCUCAAACCAUUCUAUAGGUUUAGUAUACGAGGCCUGCCGAUGCCGUAACACGUAAACGGCGGUUGUUUAUUUAUGACGGUCCGACGGUAGGAAAAUCCUAGUCGGUAAUUAUAGACGCGAGUGCAAGUUGAUCCGACUCUUCACAUGCUGUUCAAUAAAGACUUUGGAAACAAGAGUCAUUCAGACUGGUAAGGGCUCUUCACCGCGCCAUUUUCUCUUGAGAGGUUGUCUUGGAGCCCAGUUUACUGGCGACACGAGAUGCACCUCGGCGUGCGCCCGCUGGAGUAAAAACCUCGAAAAACGAACAAAUGGAGACGUCCACUCCUGCGGUACGCGCUCAUUCCAGCCUUCCGCGUUUGCGUAGCCACUACACUUGUUUGUCGUCAGAUGACUGACACUUGCACCUCAGAAAAACCAUGGCGCCGCAGUCCGGAUGCGUCGCCUUAUACAGGAAGUGCGACGCAGCCACGCCGUAAAAGACCUUCAGGUCGAGGCCCAGGAAAGAAUUCGACAACCGCUACUCCUGCCAUAAAUUUUUCGUGUGGCAAAGCGCCAGUGCUUCUGAUUCAGGUGGUCUCUCCGCAUUAUUUCUGCCGUUAUUGAGAAACGUUUCCGCACUCAACUGAGAAACCGUUCAUUAGCCUUGGGCCAAGUUUAACAGGUGAUAGAUUUGAUGCAGCUCAAGUACAGCGGCAAUCUGACUCGCAGGCGGGUCCUAGAGUGUCAGGCCUUAACUCAGACAUGCCUGUCUGGCUUUUCUGCGGAGCGGCAGAUACCUUGAAACGAUUUGCGUGUGCCGGACGGAUACUUGUCCACAAGACCGCAUGAGAUACCUUUACGCCGCCCCGACUGAUUCCACCCUAGAGUUAAAAUUAUCACCUUUGCAGACACACUGAAGAAGGCAUUAGGCAAAGUCUCCAAAGAAAUACGGGAACAAAUGAACACCGCAAAAAUACACGAAACCCCACUGUCACUCGCGACCGACUCCGUGUGUGGCUGUUCGCAGCAGCGCAUGCACGUGACCUCGACGGCCACCGCGGCCAUGCCAAGAGCGAGACACCCGCGGCAGAAUUCUUCGUACUCUUCAUGGAUUGUCGUUUGCCUUUCUGAAGGAGGGUGUGGCAUUUGUCCAGCCAGUUGGACGGGCGCUUCUUGACUUUUUCACAACCUCAGUUUGGCGGUAGCUGGGUGUACCCGUCUGGCUCCCGCGACACGAGCAGCGGUGAGUAGUCUUGAUAGCGGUGCGCGCGCCACUCUGCUUUCGCGCGAGCCUCGACGGUUUUGAACUGUUUUUCCCGCUUCCACUUAACCAAGUCAAUUCUCCGGAGUGGGUGAAGCACCAUUUCCACAGCAAUCGGGAUUCUGAGACCGGUUGGAAAACCGUGGCGUGGCCAGGUCUCUCAAAUCCGCGUCCACAUCCUGCAUGCGGAGCUAGACGACCCUAGAGUCACCUGGCGGUGAAGUUGGCUGACCAGCCAGCUCACCGUUUUUUGGGCGAUGUGGAGACUCGAGAGAAGAAUCUUGUCCCAGUCACCUUUCGUUUACCUUAGGCUUUGUCGAAACUCGACGCGAAGGGAUUCUCGGCCCGGCUGCGUCGCUGUGGACUACUCUCUGCUGGUGAAAGUGUCGGCAGACACCGGCUGGCCGCCGCUGAAGAGCACACCGACGUGGGAGCCCUUGAGUUUUUCGUCUCGUUUUUUUCUGGGAAAUGCUUGUCAUUCUGAGUCACUUAGAGACACUCCGGUGACCAGUGCGCUAUUCCUUUAGACCGUCGCCCGCUUGGUCUUUGGCUGGCCCCGCCGACACGCGCUACCCCGCGCGCUUCUAGAAGCAGCGAUUGGGAAGUCUUUCCCCGAGCUCUCGCUCCAAGCAUGCCGCCUUCGUUACACACAGUUCGCGUUCUUGGCCACUCCCUUCCGUCUCUGCAUCUGCUCUGUGUACUCCUCGCAGCUCCACGGUGAAAAUGCGCCAGGAAACCGGGCCCUCUUCGUCAGCGUCGCGUCUCGUCCUGUGACAACAAUGAGAGUUCGACCGACAAGAGAGUCAGGGUCGGAGCAUUUCUCGAGUGCCCCAACCAUGAUACCCCCACCCUGUGAAGCUCGCAGAGACGGACCACCCUUCCUGCCGAAGAGCAGGCACCAAACCAGCGACGAGUCGUCAGAAUCGGAGGAGAAUUCGCCUCUUCUGCCACCCUUCCAGGCCGCAGUCACCUACGUCGGCACAAAUGCUGAUGGAAGUUGCCUUCUGGUCGGAACAACGGAGGGGUUCCUGGUGUGGACCGUCCAGCCCCUCAGGUGUAUGUACACCUGCGCCUGCGGCCCAGUCACGCUAGUGGAGAUGCUUCUUCGCACCAGUCUCGUUGCCGUCGUCGGAAGUGGACUGUCUCCAACCUCCAGCCGCCGCCUCCUCACUCUUUUCAACUGCCGCGUCACCCCACCUUCAGUUUCCACUUCGUCGCCAUGCAGUGCAUGCGCUCAGAUGCCGGGAGAGAGCAGUCUCGGCUUGGAAGCCAUCAAGGCCUCGCUCGUGCUGCCCGACGCCGUGGCGGCGCUGCGGCUGACCCCUGAGCGUUUGGUGGCCUUUCUGCACAGAGAAAUCCACUUUUUUGCGCUGCACAACCUCGCGCGUCUCCACGUCCUUCGUCGUGAACAGCUGGUGAUUCUCGAACCCGUGCUGCCCCCACAUCUGCAGCGCAGAUUCCCAGCAGAGACAGCCGUCAACUUCUUCAGACCCGCAGCGCUCGCCACCAAAGCCCUCGCAGAGACAGUGGCACAGGCCAUUGCCUCCGCAGAGACGACUGAGGGCUACUACGGUAAGCUCUCCCGAGAGGAACAAGAAGAAGACGAAGACGAAGAAGAAGACGAGGGCGCGCUGUGCGGUUCGGUCCUGAACCCCGCCGUUGUCGUAGGGUGCCCGCGGCGGCGCGCAGCAGAUAGGAGACAUUUCAGGGACAGGAGACAGAUGGGGGGAAGUACGCUGGGGGCGUGCGGCCGGGAAGAGGCCGAAGAAAACGCGAGGAAGAAGAAAGCUGUAGAAGCUGCCACAGAAGCCGCAGGCAGAGGCAAAGGUGGACGCGAAGGAGACGCUGUCUGCGCUGUCUGCUGGACUCCGCAACACAGCUUUCUAGCUGUCCCCGGAUCCAAGAGACGCUCGAACUCGGGGACUGCCUCCUCGCCUUCGCCCGUCCGCUGCGACGCGACGACGCGGCUGCCGUCGGUGGCUGCUUCUGCGCCUCAGUCUUCUAUUCUCUCUUCCACUUUUUCGUCUUUCUCUGUCUCGCCUCCGGGAGUCGUCUUCCUUUUUGACCUCUCCUCCCUUCGCUGCCUGGGCUGGCGAACCGCCCACAGACACCGCCUCACUGCGAUGAACUUCCACCACUCGGGGUCGCGACUCGCCACCCUCUCGUCCAGAGGGACACUCGCGCGUGUGUUCUCCGUUCCGGACUUGACAGCGGUCGCGACUCUGCGUUUGAGUCGACCCUCGCCACAAGGCCCUCUGUCACUUCCUCUGAAAAAAGGCGUUGGCGCGUCGUCGCGCAGACGGCGACCAGCGGGACGCGGUCGAUUCGAAUACACUCUUUCCACUCUGUCUGUUUCUUCUUCACCUUCUUCACCCUCGUCGUCUCCUUCUGCCUCGGCUUCUCGUUCGCCUUCGCUGUCGUCCUCUGCGCGGACUUCAGAUGCACGCGACGCUUCUGCGCGUCCUAAGGACCGACGCGUGAGUCUGCCUCAGCUCGAGGAAAGGCCGUUGGAGUCUCCGCCUUCUCCUGAAGGUCCCUCGGCAGCCUCGAGCGAGGCGACACCUCUCAGUACAGGUCUCUUGUCACCGAGAGAUCCGUCUGUCGCUUCAGCGGAACCGGCGCUCAGUGAUCGCAACGACCCUCUGUUUCAAGAUGCACCCUUAUCCGGUGCGCCGCCUCCUUCCUUCCGGUCGUCUGCCUCUGCUUCGUCCUCAUCUUCCUCUUCUUGCUCUCCUCCAUCUUCUGCUUGCUCUGCGUCUUCCUCCUCUUCUCCGCCAUCUCCUCAUUCGUCGUCUGUGUCUGUUGCGUCUGCGAAGCAGAGGAGGAAGAGCCGGAGACAGACCCGGAGAGAGGCGCUUCGCCCUGCGACUCCGACAGCAAAAGCGGGAGAGGCCGGGAGCCAGCAGACAGCGACGAGGGAGGAGGAGGGGAGUGGGGAAGCAGAAAGGCCUCUGACCUCUGCCGCGACCGUGCGUCUCUUGAAAGACGACCGUCGAGCGGCCUGCGAGACACCGGAAGAGGAACACCAGAAGGCCCAGACAGAAAACGAAGCUGGGGGCCUCCGGGUCGCAGAUGACGGGAGGCUGGAAACGAAGGAGGCGAGUGACGAUGCAAGUGUGCAGAAGAAAAAGGAGAAUAUGGCUUUUGCAGACAGCCUGCGGGAAACAGGCGAAGCGUUCAACGAGGAAGCAAAAGAAACAGUCUCGAGAGACGGCAAAGAUUCAUCGUCUCUAUGCGGCAUGCUUCGUCGCCAGGACACCGUCAAGCCUCUGGAAUCGCAUGCUGCCACGACUAGUCAACCUUCAUCUCUCCACGAGGCAGCAGCGGCAAUCACGUCUUCGUCUCGCUCCCAAGAAAAGGUGUCUUCUCCUUCCUCGUCUCCCUCUCUCUCUUCUUCUCCCCCUCUCUCCUCUUCUUCUCCCCCUCUCUCCUCUUCUUCUCCCCCUCUCUCCUCUUCUUCUCCCCCUCUCUCCUCUUCUUCUCCCUCUCGCUCCUCUUCUGCUCGCGCGUCGCUCUUCAGUUCACUGCUUUCUCCGGCGCCGGAUCCGGAGGCAGAGGAGACAGUGGCGAGAGCGCACCCAGACGUCUCCUGCCCCGCGGCCGAGGCGGCGACUUCUCUCUGGGGAUCUGUCUCCUCCUCUACGUCGAAUCGGUGUCGUUAUUCCCAGCACGAGUCUCCGUCGUCUCCUCUCUUGCCUCACAAAGCAGCUUUUUCGCCUUCGCCUUCGCCUUCGCGCUACGUUGCAGAGUGUGUGCCUCUGGAGACCGACCGGGGGUCGGACAAGCGUGUCUCUUUUGUCUCCUCGGUCUUUUCCUUUUCUUCAGUCGCUUCUGUCUCUCUACCUUCCUCGCCCUCGUCAGCUGCUUCGCGCAGAAGAGGAAGUUUGCCUGCGUCGCGCUCGGCGUCCUGGGCUUUGUCGGGAAGCAGAAGGCGUCAAGAAUGCGCCGCAACCGACAGAGACAGUCUGCAGGAUUCCGGUCGAGCGCGCGUGUCUGCUUCCCAGGGGGAAAGGCUUCUCGUUUGUUCUCUUCUGUCGACUCAUCCCUUUCUCCCGCUACCGCAGGAAGCGGAGAGAGACCGACGCUCAGGUAUCUCCGCAGGUCGAGACUCUUGCAGCGGCGAGAGGGACGAGACGCCGGAGGCGACAACCGAGGCCAGAGCGCGUGCAGACGGAGGAGCCAGUGGCGAAGACGCCAAGGGUCUGCGGCGGCUGAGAGCGUCCAAAGCUCAGGCGGCAAACAGCGAGGAAGAACGGACAGAGAAAAGAGUGCCGAUGGUCUGCAGGUCCUCUCCUGGGUUCCGCGGAGACCGAGACGACCGGCGAGGAGAAGACUCGAAGGACAAGGGAGAAGUGCAACGCACUGGAGAAGAAGCGAGAGACGAGGAAGAAGAGCCGCAUGAGGCAGAGGAGGAAGGGAAGAGAGAACGGUGGAAGUGUGAAGGUGGAAGGUGCUUUUCGCAGGCAGGAGACCCGGAGAAGGAAAGGCUGUUCUCCGGUGCAGAGGGCAGUUCAAGGACGCGCGGGAAGAAAGGCGACAAGAACGACAAUCGUCGAAAGGAGAAGAAAGAAAAGGCAAACAAGAAGAGAAAGAAACGGAGAGAGGAAUCCGAAAGACGGGUCUCCACACUUGAAGCACAGGAAGGCGAUCUCUCCGGAGCCGGUGCCGAGAAACGGAGAGACGAGGACGCCAGAGAGCGAGAAGAACCGACACAGAAGGAGAGGAGCAAGAAGGAAAAUGAGACGGAAGAGAGCACUCACGAGAGAGAAGGAAAGAGAGAAGAACCCUGUCCAAAUGCGGAGUGGAAUUGCGUAGGAGAAACUGACGAGAUGAGAGCUGCGGACGCAGAGCGAGACGACGAAGCAGAAGAAGGAAAAACUGCAAAGGACAAAUUACAAAUGGCAGAAGCUCUCCGCGGAACAGCCGUCCCUUCCGUUUCUCGACGUUCCUCACAGGCAGAUGGUCACUACACACUUCUUUUCUCGCCGCAGAAAGAGACCAAAAAGGAGAAGAGGCGACGGCGACGACAGAGCGCAACUGGAAUCCAGUCUGCCUCCUCUUCUCUGCCGGCUUCUGCUUCCUCUUCAAAGUUGGAGUCCCGCCUUCGAGUUGAGAGUGUGAAGGGAACGGGGCAAACAAGCGAAAGAAAGCAGUCAACGAAGAACGAGGAAGAAAGCGACAGGACAACGAAAGAAAAGACAGAAGAGACAGAGACAGAAGAGCAGACAAAGACAGACGCCACACACUCUGUGGAGGCUUCCCCGACUGCGGGGACAGGCACAUCCUUCGCAUCGGCAUAUGUUCUGUGCGACGAGAGUGCGUCGGACUUUUCAGGGUCCUCUGCCUGUUCUCUCGCUGGAGAGACUGAAGAGUUCGAGUGCUCUCAGGUCUUGGCAGACGCAGAAGAAACAGAAGAGGGCGUUCUGAUCUCUUCCACCUCUGUGUUGGUUGCUUCAGCGGUGCCGCUCUCUCUCAAGGGUUCAGAACAUCAAACGUUUGAGCGUCUUUCCUCUUCUGCCGCCGCUUCGUCUUCUUCCUCGUCUCCCUCCUAUCGUGUUUCUGCGUCUCCGUCAGAGAAGGUGCCUCCGCCAGAUGUGUACAAGGCAUCGCCGGUCCCUCAGACAGGCGAUGCAGAAGCAGGCAGCAGGAAGGAAGAAAGGAAGGAAGAAAGGAAGGAAGAAGGGAGACGCCACUGUGGUGGCGCAGCAGGAGAGAACUCACACGAACUGGGCACCGUGUUUGCAGGUUGCGUGAGACUGUUCCGGCUCAAGGCGGAGACUGAGAAAUCGCCGCGAGAGCGAAACGUCGGAGGGAGAGAAGCAGAGAGGAAAGAGCUGAGGAAGGAAAACGAGUCUUUGACCUCACACGUUGCCAGUUCUGCAGAGGACAGAGAUGCAGGCUCUGUCUCGGAUGGAACAGGCGUUUUUCUCUGGAGCCGCGAACAGCAGGCGACGACGCGAGCGAGACGAGAAGCAUCCAAGACGACGGAGCAGAAAGACGUCGACGCGCAGGAGAGUCGAACGGCGCUCGAGUGCAGCCUCUCUCGCGUCGAAGACUUCCGGAGAGGUGACCGAGACGAGGAAUGGAUGGUACUAGGGAGAGAAAAGAAGUCAGGGAAGAAAGAGACAACCAGAGAGAAGGGGAAAAGCGAAGCAAGUAAGUGGUGGGGCGUCUUGGCAGCUCAUCCUCCCCCCGAAGCGCCGCUCCGAUCUGCUCCAGCGGUCGUCGAGCCGCCCGCGUACGGAGGCGUCUACCGGCGGCGGGAGCUUCCGGAGAAGCGAGAGAGAAGCUCUUGGAGAGGCGACACAGGGGGGAAUCUGCGAGAAGAAGCGAUAGAAGGCGCAGAGAACGCGGAGGCCAAACAGCGGCCGGAAAACGUCACGGACGAAGCCGGCGACCCUUCCUCAAGCAUGCCCUUCAAGGACGCCCGUCGCCAACGAUCUGAAACAGCGGAGACAACAGAGACGGCAGAGAGAGGGAGAGGAGAGAGAAACGAAAGAGAGAGAAGGCGGGAAAGGAAAUGCAGGAAGUGCCAGAGACAAGUUGCCAUCUUGAUGAGUCAGGAAGCUUGCCAUGCAGGUGCCGUCGCUUACGAAAGAGAACGAGGGCCGCGGAUUCCAUACAUCGCCUUCGACGCUGAAGGCUCCCUGCUCACAGCUACGAGUGGCGACGGCUGGGUUUACGUUUUUCAGCUUUCCUCGGCGUCUGCGUCUUCUCUCCCUCGCCCUUCAGCUGUCCAUACACCGCAGGGUCACGCUUCCGCUUCUUUCCUGCCACGCACCGCGACAGAGGACAACUGCCGAUUUUCUGCAAGUUCCAGGGAGACGCCUUUCCCGGUCUCCUCGCCAGACGGCGUUCCCUGCCGCCCUUCCAUGGGUGCUGCUGCGAACCAGGUUUCUGCAAAAGAGACGAACGUCACCGAGGAAAGACACCACAGUGCAGUCCCUCCUUUUUCGUCUCCUUCGUUUGCGGCGUCUUCCACUUCGACUUCUCCAUCGUUUUUGUCUUUUUCGGAGGAUUCAAACAGACGCGAUAAAGAAAACGCAAGGAAGGAGGGAGACCGACGAGACGCAGGGUCUCUGUCGGCUUCUCUCGGGAGCUACGCCACCUCUGCUGUCUCGUCGCUUCUAUCCUUCUUCUUGCCCGGCAGUGAGGCCCUCGUAGAGGCGCAGAGCUGCUGCUGCUAUCUCCAGUUACCCCACUUCAAGAAUCGGCUCUCGCGGCAGUGUGUGCCUAUGCUCCUCGGCGCCGAACCCACAUCUCCUGAACUGUCUCCUCGCCCUUCGGCCAGAGUCUCCUCUGUCUCCGAUGGUGUCCCCUCUGUUUUCGGAGGUGUCUCCUCCGGGGCGCUAGAGAGGCGGAUCCAGGUGCUCGUCGCCACGUACUCCGGCUGUGCUUAUCUCUACGAACAUGAGGCGGAAAACGCGCAUGCUGUGUCUGCUGCUUCGCCGACGACUCUCGCCUCGGAGAGCGCCUGCGCGUCUUCUUGGCCCCACUGGAGUCAGUCCGUGACACCCUCUUCGUCAGACCGCGCGCACCAAGGGAGGAAAUCCGCGAAGAGCUGCUGUGCGCGGAUGAGACGAGAAGUCAUUCUCCAGACCUGCAACUCAGGUCUCUUUGAAGACGACGCCUCUUGGUAGCUUGCACAAAGUCCUCAAUUCCUGUCCUUUCCUCAUAGACUCCUCGGCCUGUAGAUCGAUGGAGUCAAUCGUAUACUCCAUCAAACAACUACAAACGUAUCCUAAAUCCAUAUAUAUAUAUAUAUAUAUAUAUAUAUAUAUAUAUGUAUACAUGCUGAUGAUAUCUACACAUCCUCGAACCCUCAAGACUACCUGUUCUUAUAUAUAUAUAUAUAUACAUAUAUAUAUUUGUUGAUCUGCGUGCGAUCUGUGAGAGUAGACGUUUUUGUAUUUGUGUGUCCUGCCUUCGAGUAUUCCUUUUCGAGAUGUUUAGAGUCAUGUUCGAACGCAGAAGGGCAACAGGCCUUCCAAACACAGAGAGGCCGAGACGCUGAGGACGCGAGCACAUCCAGAGAGGGCGUUCAUUUCGGAUGCGUAUACUCACUCCUCCGGCGACUGUGGUCCGCAAACCUCCACGCGUUGUUUUUUGCGUGCGACAGAAAGUGAAAGACAAUUGGAAAGAAACGACCUGGAAAAAAGUUGUUUUCGCGGUCACAUGAGUCGACGCAGGGCGUCUGUGCCUGCGAAGGUUUUCAAAGGGCUGUUUCGUCGUUCCACUGCUUUUUCGUUCUGUGUUUUCUCUGUUCGUUCUUUCUUCGUUUGCUGCCAGUGUGAGAAAUCUCUUCUCUCUGUCGCGGUCCUCAACUUCCUUUGCGACGUUCAGUGUCUCACGUCCCCCAUAAGAAGCUGAAAGCCGUUCUCUCCAUCUCCUUCGCUUCGGGGAAGUUGAACGAAAACAUCAACAGCUGCACAGAGCGUCUGACUCUUUUUUCGGAUCCUGCAGUUCUCAGCGGUGAAAGG